AUUUUUUAAAGUCAAGUGAGGUGAAGGAUUGGUGGUGAGGAGAUAUGGAGGAGGAGUUUCAAGGAUUUAUUCCACCUAAGGAUUGGGUCAGGCGGGCAGACGGUUCAGCACAUCUUAAUUCAGGACAAAUGUUUUCUGAUGAUGAAAAGUUUAAGAAGAAAAAAGCAGUUUUAAAUAAACAGUGCUGGGUCUGUGGGGCCCCUGCUGCAGAACAUGUUCAUUACGGGGCAAUUUGUUGCUACAGCUGCCGGGCAUUCUUCCGUAGAUCUGGAGCCAGGAACUAUCAAUGUAUUCGAGGAGAUUUUCAGUGCGAGGUCAACACAAAGUUCAGGAAAUACUGUAAGAAAUGUCGGUAUAAGAAAUGCUUGGAUUCUGGAAUGAAACCGGAAUUAGUUGAUGCUUCAUUGAGGAACAGAGAAGCAGACAUUAAAUCUGUCAAAGGUCAGACAGUUGCCUAUCAAGAUGACGCUUCUCAAGAUUUUAACGAGGUGAAGGUUCCAAUUUGCGAGGCAGAGACAUCUAAACAUGCUUCAUCAGUUAUAGAAAAACUGGCACCCAGGCAGAGUCUUGGAAGUGCACCACAGGCCUGGCCUAAAAUGGAGGAACAACCAUUUAUCAAGGGAUCAGUCGGAUUGUUCGACCUGCCACCUAGCAAGAGAAAAUCGAACUUUCAUGCUCCCACUGGUGGCCUGAGGUUUAAACAGGUUUCUACCAUUCAGACGAAUAAUAAGAUAAUCCAGAGGGAGGAGUUAUAUAAUUCUGCUGAAUUACAACUCAAGAAGGAUCUUAUAAGAUACAAGAAGGAGAAACUAGAGGAAGAAGAAAGAGCCCUGUGGGCCGAGCAAAAGUCUACAAAUAGGGACAGAAGUGGAUUUUUCAGUCCCGUAGGAAUCGAACAAUUUGGAGGGGGUAUUGGAGGCGAUAUCGGAGAUAAUAUUGGAGGCAGUAUCGGAUGUGGUAUUGGAGUUGAUUGGUCUGGGAAAGGAGGAGUAAUGUACCCCGGAGAAGGCGGAGGGAUAGGAUAUGAUGCAGGUUUUGGAGGGUACGGAGAUAGAGGAAGGUUCGGAGGAGAUGGAGGUAUGCUCGGAGGAGAUGGAAGGAGUUUCGGUGGAUAUGGAGGGAGGUUUGGACCCAAUAAAGAUGAAAUGUAUAACAGAGGCAAAGAAUACGGAAUAUUUAAUCCACAAAUGGUUGAAUAUGAAAAAAGAAAGUACAUGAAUGAGACGAAUAUUUAUCGUCCGAUCCACACUGUGUAUACUCUCAAGGAUAUAAACGAAGAAGAAAUGAUGGUUGACGAAGAAGACUGUAAGACUGGGUUGUGCGAGAUAUUUGAUGGAGUGUCCACCCUGUCCCCAGCAUAUCAACCAAUAUCUAAAAAUAUCUUCAAUGUUUCAUCAAUCAUAGAGACUCAGAACCAGAGGAUUUCCGUUAUACAGGGACCCCGUAAGCCUACUGCUGAAGAUUUAAAGAAACCCCUGAAGAAAAGAACUUGCACCAAGAUGUGUAAAAGUUUCUACAGGAAGUUUCUCUACUGUGAACCAAUCAUCAAACUGACAUGGGAGGAGAAAAACUUCAUCGACAAGCGCGUCGUUGAAACCAGGCGGUUGGUCGCUAUGGUCCAAGGAAAUCCAACUAUGCAGGAGGGCUACGGGUUGGAUGAGUUCAAGGAAGAGAGAAAAUCUGCGGUCAAAAGUUUCUCGUCAAAUUUUGAACCAAUUUUUGGAAAACUCCGAAGCAAAAAUAUGAGUGAGAUCAAGAGCAUGGGUUUGAUGGAGAGCAGGUUUCUUUGUUGUGCACUUACCUCGAUUGCAGUUCGUCUCUUCGGAGGUUCCCGAGAUGGUGCGAUGAUAACACCUGAAUAUACUUCAAAGUACGCCGGUAUGCUUAGAACACCCUGGGCCUGCAGUUAUGAGGAAGAGGAGAAGGUUGUUGGUACACUUCGAAAGCUUGGAGAACUUAUUGGAAGUGACGAGAAGUUAGAAGUACUCUUCACAACUUGUAUAAUGCGAGGAUUCCAGGAUCCAAGAUCUGCAUUUAUGCAGCUGGAAAGAGGAAAUACACACACAGAUGAUUCAGGAAAAGAUAAAGCUCCUGAAGAAAGUCUAGAGGAUGAGCCAGGACAUCCAGCUAAACACAAACCAGCACCAGAGGAAGCAAGGUGAGAUAUCGUCCAGUGAGAACAAGA